AUGGACAGAAUUGAUCAAUUCUCUCAUGUGACGGAACCCAAUGGCACCACUGACUAUGGUGUUCUUAUUGUGGGCGCUGGGUUUGGCGGCGUUUACCAGCUGAAGCAUUUUCGCGAUCUGGGUUACAAAGUCAAACUUCUGGAAACCGGUGACGGGUAUGGUGGAGUCUGGCACUGGAACGCAUACCCAGGAGCACGAGUAGACAGCACCAUACCCCACUACGAGUUCGAUGACCCAGAACUCUGGAAAGGCUGGACUUGGAAACAGAGGUUUCCCGACCACAACGAAAUUCGAGCGUAUUUCAAGUACGUUGCCAAGAAGUGGGAUCUUCAACGGGAUACUCAGUUCAACUCAUUCGUUCAAUCUGCGACCUGGAAUGAUGCUGAAUGCAAAUGGACAGUUACCACACGAGAAGGGGAAGUCUUCAAAACCAGAUAUUUAUCCUUAAACACAGGUUUUGCAGCUAAGCGACAUAUCCCAGCCUGGAAAGGCAUCAGCAGCUUCAAAGGGACUUUUAUCCAUCCAUCCUACUGGCCACACGAAGGCAUUGAUCUUCGCAACAAGAAAGUCGCUAUAAUAGGAACUGGGUCAACAGGAGUCCAACUUGCGACUGAGUUAGCACCCAUUGCAAAGCAACUCACGGUUUUUCAAAGGUCUAUCAAUACCUGCAUGCCAAUGAAGCAGGUCGACUAUAAGGAUGGCGAGCAAGCCUUCGCGCGGGAGAGAUAUCCCGAGUUAUUCAAACAUCGUGUCGAUAGCUUCGGUGGAUUCAACUUCAACUUCCUUGGUCGUGGUACCUUUGAAGAUGAUGCUGAGACACGCCAACAAACGUAUGAAAGAUUGUGGGCUGAGGGAGACUUCAAGUACUGGCUAGCUACGUACAUUGACAUGCUCUUCAACGAAGAUGCCAACCGCGAGGCCUAUAACUUCUGGCGCGACAAGACGCGGGCAAGAAUCCACGAUGAAAGUUUGAAGGACCUCCUUGCUCCCAUGAAACAGCCUUACUCCUUCGGGUGUAAGCGAAUCUCUCUCGAGAAAGGCUAUUUUGAGAUCUUCAAUGAGCCUCAUGUCAGUCUCGUGGACGUCAACGCCACCCCAGUCGAAGAAAUCACCGAAAACGGCAUCAGAACCUCCGAGAAGGAGCACGAAUUUGACAUGAUAAUUUGUGCCACUGGCUAUGAUGCAUGUACCGGCGGCCUCCGCCAGAUCGAUAUACGCGGCCUUGAUGGCGUGUCGCUCAGUGACCAUUGGAACGACGGAGCAUACACCCAUCUCGGCAUGACGGUGGCGGGAUUCCCCAACAUGUACAUGACGUACGCACCGCAAGGCCCAACUGCGCUGUGUAAUGGACCUACGUGCGCCCAGCUGCAGGGGGAUUGGAUCAUCGCCGCGGUCAACCACAUGAGAGAGAACGGCCUGAAGAAGAUGGUGCCCGAGCGUGAGAGCGAACUAGAGUGGCGCGAAACGGUCAUGAAAAUAGCGUACUCGUCGCUCCUUCCGGGGACCAAAUCUUGGUACAUGGGGGACAACAUCCCGGGCAAGCCUAGAGAGCCUCUGAUCUACCUGGGAGGAGUGCCCAACUACUACAAGACGAUCAACGAAGUUGCAGCGAAGGGUUACUCUGGAUUUAAGUUUGAGUAA